GCCUCGGUGUCAUCGGAGUCUGUCUGGCCGGACUCUGAGCUCUGCAGCAGCUCCAUCUCUGCCGGAGGCACGGAGGAAGCCUGGGGGGCUCCAUCUCUGCAGUUUCACCUCCGACUGACGCCAAAUGUGAGCUCAAAGCUGCCACUUCAGCCAUGAAGACCGAGCGAAGCAGCGUGCAGACGUCGGCGAAGCGCCGGCAGGUGAAAGAUCUGCUCCAGAAAGCGGCGGAGAAACAGGACGAGAGGAAAUAUGUGGAUUUGGAGCUGGUGGAUUUAAAGACGAGAAUAGAAGGAGAGAGAAAACAAAUGUCUGUUCUGAUUAGCAACAGUGGCGCCGGAGCUGUGCGCGCAACGGAACCGAAGCAGAAGCUGGAGAUUAAAACAGAGGAAAAGAAAGAAGAAGCCAAAGUUGAGGAAAGUGGAAAAGAUGUGACGGAGGAUUUUGAAGGCGAGCGCGUAAUUACGCAGCAACAGGUACCCAAAACAGACAGAAACACACAGGAAGAUGAGGAAUUACGCAGCGGGGGUAAUCAUGUGAGGGGCAGAAGUGAGUCUGAGGACUAUGAGGAGGAGGAUGAUGAUGUUAGUUUGGUGCUUUCUGAUGACUGCGUCCCGUGCGUAGCAGAGGAUGAGUCCCAUUACAUUACCACACACGAGAUCCAGCUGUCGGAGCUGUCGGACAGCGAGGGAGACUACGACCUCGGGGUGGGCUCGUCCACCAGCUGGGACGUUGAGGACGACAACCAGGUGUACUCAUUUGUCGAUUACGCUUCUUUUGACGCUGAUGGGGCGGUGGGGGAGAAGGCAGCAGCAGCAGCAGCAGUCAGCACUCUGCUUGAAAGUGAUCUGAGCGACGUGGCCAAGUUCGCCAGCUCAGAUGAGAGUGCGUCCAAACCCCAGCAGCAGCAGCAGCAGCACUGCGGUGGCAACGGCGCGGGGCAGAUCCACCUGUCAAUCAGAACCACCUCUCGAGCUAUAAAUGACCCUAGCAACAUCCAAGAACAGGAAAACAUUCUUUAUCAUGCCAGGCGCUCCGGGGACGUGAGCCGCUAUGUGUUCAGGGGAGUUGAUGGGAAGGCAGAGACGUUGUGUGACAGGCCGAAGUGUUUGAUAGCCGCGCCCGGACGCCUGCACUUUGGCGGCAAAUUGAGGGGGAAAGAGGUCACCGAGUAUUCCAGCGGCACGUCCAGCGCUGUCAGCGAGCUGGACGACGCUGACAAGGAGGUGCGCAACCUGACAGCCAGAGCUUUCAAGAGCCUGGCCUAUCCCUACUUUGAUGCCAUUAAUUUCAGCACCUCCAGCGAGUCCUCUGCGUCAGAGCAUGGCCUGGGGAUAAACAGGUGGUCCACGUUUGUAGACCUGAAAUAUGGCAACGUGAAUGUGUCUCAGGGUUUGGACCAGAGUGUGGUUUCCCAUCAAAACAUAGACAAUAGAGGGUACAAAGGCGUCGCACUGGCGAGCAUCAAACCGCCCACCAGCAAGAUCUUCACCCUGAACGGGAACCCCCACAUCCCGUCCACAAAGAAAAUAGAGCUGAUGGGGAAAUUCGGUCAGGUGGGCCACGGUGGGGUGAUCAGGCUCACGGAGACGCUGAAUUUCCGCUGCAAUGUCAAAUCGGGAAUGUCUGGGGGAGAAAGACGCACUAACUUUGCACAAAACGCAGCGGGAUCACGUUCCACAGAUGAAGUUACCAACAGUUUGCUAAGCGGCCAGAGGAGAGGGGCCAGCAAGUCGCCCUGCAAAACCAUGGAAGGCACACACAAGAAGGCCAUAUUCGCCUCCAGCCUCAUCAAAAAUGUCAUUUCCAAGAAGAUGCAGUUCGAGCAGGAGCGCAGGAUGGAACGAGGGGAGAUCAGUGAGCCGCACCGGGCGCCUUCUCCGAGCUUUACGCACCAGGAGGGCGACGGCCACAGGGGCAAGGCGAACAGGGAGCUGCACAGACAGAGCUCCAAGUUCUCAGAGAGCAGCUCGGACUACGCCAUAAUGUGCGUGGAUGAGCUGGGGGACUUCGUGGACAGCGGCUCAUGUGAUACCAGGAGUGACUCCCGGAGACGCGACGCGGCCGCUCCUGCACCAGAAACUAAUUUGGAGCAGGCGAAUGAAGCUGGAAUCGAUACUAAAAAAGGCGCAUUGGAAGCGUCCAAAAGCACGUUGCUUCGCAGCCAAAAUAGCGCGUUCAGAUGCUGGAAGGACGAGGAGCUAGAGUUUCAAAAGGAUCAUAAAAACGACAAAACUCCGGAGGGGAAGCUGCCUUCAGGGAACGACAGAGAGGGAGAGGGGGUUCAGGACGCAGCAGGAGGCAGCAAACUCACUAAAAUGUCGCAUUUGUUUGUGCCAAGUAUCCAACUGGUGUCCAGUGACGGAGAAGUCGGACAGCAGCUGCAGAGCAGGAAUUAUUCUCCAUGUGGAGAUGGAGGCGGGAUAAAGCUGCGCUCUGACAACACUUUAUACAUCGCAGACUCCAGGAGCGUGGCCACAUCGAAGUCUCCGGAAAUCAAAAUUAACUUAAGGAGCGUCAGGGACAAUAAAACGGAGCCUUUUGGCGUCUCCAAGCUGCGCGCUCCUAAUAUAGGCUGUAACGCAACCAGCCUCAUCAGGACGGAUGACUUCAAAUGCCAGGCUCUGGCUGCGGCUCUGAAGGGUGAGUGUUCGGAUAAAGUGCCGCAUUUCAUGGUGAGAGACAUUAGAGAUAAUAAGGGGAAGCUGCAGACCCCGAUCCACCAAGUCAGAGACGUCCGUAAACUGGUGAAAAGUUCAUAUCAUUUUGUUUCUCUGGACAACAACGAACACAAACCCAGCUUUGCUCCUGCUGAGAGCCAGGCAGAGCAAAAGAAGCAAAUGUCUCACAGAAACCCCAACUCUGUGUCCCCCAUAGUGAUAAAAUGCCAGUCUGUGAACACUAACAGUAAUGGGAAACAAUCUGGAAAUGUGGAGUUAGCUAAACAGGAGCCGUUUGACGCAGACAGGUCGUCACCAGAGGGCGCUAAAGGUGCUGCACUGCAGAGGGCGGCAGGGAGGGCACUCAUAGGCGCCUCAGAGGAAAACACUGGGUUAAGAAUUGAAAGUAGAGCAGCUUCAAAGAGGCAAGAAAAAAUACCAGAAGUUACAGAAAAGAAACCGGAGUCCAAGAUGGCGAACCAGGUGGCUUUGGAAAAACUCCAGGCUGCUGUGAAAACCAUGGAGCAGCUUUAUGUGUUUGAAAAGAACGAAUGGAAACGGAAGAACGAGCCUCAGCCCCUGAUGGACAGCCAUGUUCUUUCACUGCUCGCCAGCGAGGAGCACGGAGGAGCUGAGGAGGACGGAGGGGCGAGAGGCUCCGGCAUCGAGAGGCUGAUCAGAAGAGAUCCUACCCCAACGCCGACAAGACGCCGCCGGCAACGUCUCCAGGAACCGACCGGUCUGCUGAGGCGGGAGGACAAAGACCUCUUCAGGGCCCUUCAGACGUCCAGCGGCCGUGACGACAGGCUGGUUGCUAAGUCCGUUCAGGCCCCCAAGCACCACAGGAAGCAAAAACAUGUUGAGCCUGAGCUCCACCCUCAAGGCCUCCGCCGCCGCAAAGACGUCCCAGCAGAACGCCAUCGCACAGCAACCGUUCAGCACCAAGAGUUUUGUCCCAAAGUCCCCCAAACUUCCUGUGUCUUUAAAAAAUCAGCCAGACGAGGCCUUCAGGACACCUCGGAUCGCCACCAGGAGCCAGGAAGACCACAACCAGACCCUAAACGCUCCAGCAUCGUCAUGGAGACGCGUUCGCCGGACAUCCCUCCGGCCACCAUCUACCACUCCAUGCCGUUGGGUUUGCCCACCAAUCAGCCUCAGGUCUACUGCUUCUCCCCAGCCAUCACCCCAGCCCCCACCCUGGGACCCCUCCAGGCCACACAGAGGAAGAUGCUGCUGGAUCCCACCACUGGAAGCUACUACCUGGUGGACACGCCAGUGCCGGCCACCAAGCGCCUCUUCGAUCCAGAAACCGGCCAAUACGUGGACGUGCCGAUGCCUCAGCCUCCCAUGACUCCCAUCCCCAUGCCUAUCUCGCCUCUGGCCCUGAGUCCGGGUGCGUACGGUCACACCUACAUGAUCUACCCGGGCUUCAUGUCGCCAUCCGUGAUACCCGCCCGGACGCUGGUGCAGUCGCAGAUGUCGUGCAUCAGAGCAGAGAGCGUGGACAAAACGCGCCGACAGAGGCAGCAGCAGGUGGCGCUAACAGGCCGCCGCAUGGCUUGUCCGGCAUCAAGCAGCCGGUUAUCAGCAAUCACCUCCCAGCAAGGACCUCGAAUCAUCGCCCCGCCCUCGUUUGACGGGACCACCAUGAGCUUCGUGGUGGAGCCACCGAUGAAUGUCAUCUCCAGUGGACAGGUCCAAGCUCUGAAUUGAUGCUGAGGCGCUCUGGGUUUGGAUUCGUCGUCAUUUCACACUUUAUUUUGUCUUUGGGCCUCUGGAUAAAAGGACAUUUUUGUUUCACUUUUUUAUAACUUGUACA